AUGCCUGAUUUGUUUAGGGGAAUAAACCACAAUGUGAGCUGGUCCUUCGGUACCUCCAUCAUUGACAUCCUCCUGGAUAUCUUCCUGGCUCCAGAACAGCCUCUGUGCACAUAUCCAGGGCCAAACUGCCAGAAUCCUCCCAGCAUCCCCUUCCAACGCAGCGUCUCAGAGGCAAAAGACUACACUGAUGACAACCCCGACAUCCCGCUAAAGUGUGACCGUCACAAUCUGGCUAGGCUCAAUGACACGCUGUGUGCUGACGUCCUCACGGCUUCAAGAGUGGCAUCCUCUACAUCUGUGCUCACCUUUUGCCAGGCGCUAAGCUCCCUCAGUCCUAACCAGAUAGAGCAGGUGUGGAGCAACAUGUGUUACGCCAUUCAAGUACUGGUGUCUCCACUCCUCAGCAGAUCAUCUGACUGCAGUUUUGGGGACAUACAGCCUUCCCCUGCUGUCACCCCUCACUCUGCACCUGCUCGAGUAGCCAGAGAAGCCUCCAACCUCAAACAGCUCGCCUGUAACUACAGCAGCUGGAUAGAUAACAAGGUGGUAGAUGCUGUCCUCGUGUCACUGUGCAGUGAUAAUGAACGUCAGGAGUUUGUGAAGCAGGUGUGUAACAAUACUUUGUUGAUGAGGAAGCUGCUCUCAGAUCCAAUGAACAGCUGGCUGUAUGGAUACUGUGCCAACUCCUCUGCAAACACUGGGUACAUGGUGAGUCAAUUCUGCGUCUAUGAGAAGUGGAUCGACCAGUUCUCAGUCCCGGUGGACCCCUCCUUGCUGGAGUUCUGUAUGAGCCUGGACAGUCCCAGACUGACCACACUCAUCUGUGAGAACACCGGAUUCUUCAUGCUUUUAUUCUCCAACCCUGAAAAUGGGCGGUUCAUGCCUAACUGCACAAACUUGCCCCCUUCACCACCAUUCCCUGACAUGGAUUCUUUAAUGUUAGAUUCUUGCCGUUACUCAGAGUGGCAUGAUGCGAUGCAGAUUACCAUCGACAUUUUGUCACAGUGCAUCCGCUUCGAUUACAGCGGUUUUACUAAAGAGGUUUGCACCAACAAAACCUUUCUAAAUAGCCUGCUGCUUAAUAAAGCAAAUGCCUGGCUUGAGAAUCACUGCAGCGCUUCUCUUAGCCUCCUACCCCCUGAGCCGACCCAGCCUUCCAACAUAGCAGGCUGGUGUGACUACUACACUUGGGGAGAACGGUAUGUGGACGAUUCAGUGGUCGGCCUCUGUUGGGAGCAUGAUCAGCUUGCUUUUCAGAAGAAUGUCUGCUGCAAAGCGUCGGUGUUUGAGAAGCUUUUACAAAACCCUCAGAACAAAUGGCUAACAUCAGCCUGCACAGACCUUGAGGAAAUAGCGGUGUUACCACAGGUGUGCAAGUACUCUGAGUGGACUCGUCCCAUCAUCGUGGACAUGACUGAGCUAGCUCUCUGCUCUGAGAUCGACCCACUUAACUUCACCUCCAAAGUCUGUGCCAAUGAUACAGUCCUCCAGAACCUGUUGGCCAAUCAGGACAACACCUGGUUAAUAACACACUGUUCCACCCAUUCAAAGCCAGGACUAUCUCCUGGUGGAGAUGGGGGAAAUGGAAAAGGCCUGACUGGAUUCAACCCCGCAGAGCUGUGCCAGUACGCCAGCUGGAGCAUAUCUCUUCCAGAUGCAGCAGUCCUGACUUUCUGCUGGGAGCACGACCAGACCAAUUUUGUCUCCUCAAUCUGCCCUAACGCUGGUCUUCUCUUUUUGCUGUCCCGGGAGCUGUCUAGUGUGUGGGUGGGCCGCAUGUGUAAUACCUACACCAACUACUCCACUGCCGCCCACAACAACAGCACUGCUGCAGAGCCUAAUUUCUGCCUGGCCCGAAACCUGGUGAGGCGGCUCAACUGGACCUGCUCAGCUGACCUCAACACAGCCUGCCAGCCCGGGGCCAGCCAGAAUAUGGCCAUGCAGAUGUUGAUUCGCUGCUGGGUGGAGAGUCUAAGGUCCAGAAUGGAGGAUCUGCUGACUCCGCCUGUGGCCACAGUGUUGGAUCAGGCAGUCAGCAACAUUGUGGUGAUCCUAUUGGCCCUGGAAGAAGUCCAGAACACCUCGCUGCAUGUCACUGAGAACAUACGACUGAGUGUGUUAACAUCUGUAGUUCACUAUCUCGAGAGGGAAAACAACUUUGACAAAAAGAGAGUCUUACUGCAGUGCUUUGGGAGAGUCUUAACCAGCUUGAUGCAGACAGCAAGAGAUGGGACCAGUGAUGAAUUCUUCGUCAUUAAGGAGUAUUUCACUAUACCACUGAGCAACCUGGAUUCAGUGCUCAGUGCAGCUCACAUUACCACCGUCAGGAUGAUACUUCAGUACUUUAGCAGAAACAAGGAUAAGCUGCAGUUGCCCUAUAAGUACCUGUCCUCCAUGGUGUCAGUGCUGUUCCAGACCCACCUGGUAAAAGAUGGUAGUCUCUUCCCUGAGCUGGCUCCCCUGCUGGCUGCAGCCAGCCCAGCUGACAUCCAAGCUUUGCCCUCACUGCAGAACAACAUCAAUGUGAGGGAGACCAUUAACAGCCACUUGGGGUUCAUGACUCUGGACCAGCGGCUGGCAUUUGGCUUGUGGUACAGCAAAGUUAUGCCACCCUCCAACAUCACCAGAGGUCAACAAUCACUCAUCAGGGACACUGGAAACCUGAUCGCCUACCUGCCCUUCCACAACUUUCAGCACCUCUCUCCUACUCAGCUGUUGAAUGGGUUGGAUGUGUUGCAGAGAAACACCCUCACUUCUCUAAAGCAGGAAUUCAUCGCUUACAGCCUAGUCGGCACCUACAGGAACCUGACAGCUCAGGAUUUUAUCAGGCUUGGUAAAAUCUCAUGCCUGGCAGACCCAGAGGACCUUUUUUUGUACAAAGGCACGGAGGCCUUCAGUGUCAUCCGGGACAUUAUUAUAAACUGCACACGGGAGGGAGUCAGUCUGCCCAGCUAUCUGAUUUCCAGUUUGUUACUGAACAGUACAGAAUUCAAGGUCCCUUCCUCGCUCAGUUCUGAUCGACUGGCAGACCUCUCCCACUUCCUGCCCUUGCUGGGUGUGCCUUUCCUGCAGGGUCUCACACCGUCGCAGCUCCUCGCUGCCUUCCCUGCUCUCAACUCAGUUUCAUUCAGCCCUGCACAGGCUUCCAUAAUUGUAGGAAAGCUGUCUUCAAGUAACACCUUGACUGCUCCAGGCCAGCUGCAGGAGCUCGGCUCCCUCAUUGUGGGAGUGAAGACGGAGAACUUGUUGACCCUCACCUCUGACAUACUGCUGUCAUCCCUGCCUGCCAUGGCCCAACACACACCAGGCCUCAGCCCACUACAAGCCAAUGCUGUCUCCACUAAACUAUGGGGCUUCCCAGAAGUGGUAGGUUGGCUGGAUAAUGUUGCGGCUUUGCUCAAUUGCACAUCCCUGCUCAGCGUCCUGCCCAGAACUCGUCAGCUUGUGAACAACAUCACCACUGCAUCCACAAAACCCUGGAACACGCAGCAGGCUAAAGCAAUUUUUGAAGAGGUGCUUCAUAUUAAACCAAACCUAAUCAAGUUAGAUUUUCUGAGUCUGGGAACAGUGGGUCAAGGUGUGAGCUGCAAGGUCUUACAGGAACGUUUUCGGGCUGAUUCCUCACCUUCCUCUGUGAGAAAAAUCCUGGCCUUCCUCAGGCAGCAGCCCGGUCCUCUUCACACCUCACUGAAAAGGUGUGUGAUCGAGGAGCUGUAUCGGUUUGAGUUCUUCUCUGAAUUGCUUAAAGAUCUCGGAGCUGAGAUUGCCCUGUCCCUGCCGGUGAGCACCAUCAAGGCGUUUCCCCCUGCUUUGAUGGACACUCUAAGGAAGAUUAUUAUUCAGGACCCUCAUCACUUUCUCUUGCUGUCUAGAACAAAACAGGAGCUGCUGGUGGACAAAAUUGUGCAGAGGAUGGGCAUGUACACAGGGGUGUUCACUGAAGAGGAGUUUCGUUCACUGGGCAUUAUGGCGUCGUUUGUGGUGGAUGAGGUUUUCAUCCAGCUGGACCGCAGCUUCUUUAUUGAAAAUCUGGAUUUCCUCAGGGGCCUCUGCUAUAGCAGAAGCAAGAUGGACAUUGUGGCUCGUAUCCUGCAAGAACCUUCAGCCUUCGGCCCAGUCAAGAACUGGAACCAGACAACACUCAGUCAGGUGGACUGGUUUCUCUUCUUCCUGCCUGACGACAAACUGCAGGAGAUUUCCCUGGCGCUGAUGACUGUGGGGCGUAUAGAAAAGCUGUUCAUGAGCUGGCGUCGGUGGGAACGUGGGGAUGUGGGGAUGCACUGUUCAGACGAGUACGAGAGGAGGAGGUUUUCUGAAAAGCAGCAGUUUGUUCUUCAGUUCUUCUUGGGCUUCCUCAAAAUAAAUCCUGGGUCACCGACUCCUAUGGUUCCUACCUGUGAGAUUCUGCAUACAACAGCUCCGUCCGCCUGGACCUCUAACAGUCUGACAAGCAUGUCUUCAUCGGCCUUCUCAAACUGUCUGGAGCUGAUAGGUCAUGACCCAUUCCUUGUGUCCUACCAACGCAGCCAGGUGCUCAGAAAAGUCAAACAGAUAUAUGGCCCCGUCUCAUCCUUCUCCCAGUCUGUGAUCUCUCAGCUGGGUGGAAUAGCGAUAGAGCUGUCACUAGAGGAGCUGAGCAGCCUCAGACUGACUGAGAGAAGUAGCAUCGCAGCUAUGGGUUCUGUCAGUGCAUGGAACAGCAGACAGAUGGCUGCACUGUUUACCACUGUACUAAACUCCACCAAGCAGAGUCCAAGCCAGCUCGACUCCAGCACACUGGUGGCAAUGGGACACUUUGUGUGCGGAGCUAAAACCACAGAGAUGAAUUCCUUUAAUGCUGUAGAGUUCGGUAAGGCGGUGCUCUGGCUGGGUCGGCUGAGGCUGUCCUGCUCAGAGGAGCAGCUGCUGGCUCUGGUUAAACUGCUGACCAACGGCCUUGCCUUUGGACCCAUAAGUUCAUGGGGAACUGAUGUCUUCAUUGAGAUUGGAGUUCUGGCAGCUGGUCUCCCAGACAUUGCUAUGUCUGCUUUGGUGAAAGAGCAAAUCGAAGGAAUCACACCUCUGGCUAUCUCAAUGAUACCACCUGAUAAAUUUGCUGUGGUGUUUGACCAGAGACAGAUCAGCAUGUUCUCCUAUGAGCAGGCCGCAGCAAUAACUGAGGUGCAGGUCUCUGCUCUGUCAGAAGUUCAGAGGACAGCUCUGGCUAUGGUGCUCACACCGUGGGAGAACAAGCCUGUAGACUUCAAAGGGAGGUCACUGGGGCUGGCACUGAGCCACAGUCCUCUAUGUCUCAUGCUGGGACUGCUGAUGCUGCUGAUCCUCCUGCCCUGCCCUGACCUGAUCUGCCCCGGCACAUGACCCCACUCACCUCUGCUGGAUCAGGAGACACCUUCUCACCCACAUACCCAAGAUUAUCUCAUUUAUUCGUGCAAUACUUCACCUCUUUGAAAUAAGCAGCACGUAUUUCAAUAUACUGUGUUUUAUUAGAUUGUAAUUUAUUUUGUGAAACUAUCACUUUGACAUAUCAACAUUCAGCACUGAUGGAACCAAAUUAAUAGUUUAAUUUUAAAAAAGCAGAGGGGGGAAAAAAAAAACACAUUUUCACAGUAUAAACUGUUUAUCCACCAAGUCUAACCAACACCAACAUAAUAAUUAUCAUUAUUGUUGGUAUUGGUGGUAAUUUUUUUCAUAAACCUAUAUGAACCCCUCCUGUCUCAAUGUGUCCUUCUCAGGGAUGUGACGCCAUACCCGGAAAAGUGGCCCAAACAUUUAAAAGAUUUAAAUAUAGUUAUUAUACAGUUAUUACGAGCAAAUACGUUCUGUUUCAAACCUAAACAUUUAUAUAUUUUUGUGAAAUUAUAUAUAUAAUAUUUUUGUCAGAGUAAGAGCUGUAAUGUUUGCUACAUUUAUAUAUCUAUUGUGAGUUAUUUUGAUUAGAUAACAGGUACAUAAAGCUCAGUAAGACCUGAUUGUAUUAUUAUUGAUCAACUUCAUUCUGUUUGUGCUGUGAGUUUUGUAUUGUUGUGCACACACUCUGAUGUGAUGAUAUAGUCCUAAAUUAUUAAAUUGAACCAGUCUGCCUCUUA